AUGUACCCGGUGCACGCGCUCGAUUCGCACACCGUCGAACUGUCGACCAACCCCGUGGACGACUACCAGCGCACGUGGCUCGCCGUACGAGGUGACCGUGACCGUGACCUCGGCGCGGACUUCCACGUGACCCGUGCCAAGUAUCGCACAUGCGCCGUGCAGCGCUUCCACGACGUGCUACAGCGCGAGGCGCCUGGGCCGCCGGCUGGCGCCGCGGCCGCAGAGACGCCCGCGGGCGGCCUGCCGCCCAAGCGGUCCUCGCUGGACUGCUCGGAGUAUCUGUUUCCCGACGUUCUGGUGCUUGCGCAGGCGCAAGCGCAGUCCGACGGGGCGCGCGCGGCCGCGAGCGCCCCACAAUCUCCCAGUUCAGGCGAGGGCGCGUCCAACGUGCUGGCACCACCAGCGCAGGCGCUCGCAAGCUCAGAAGACCUCAACUCGCUGACCAAAAACCAGCAGUUCCGCCUGCGCAAGAUCCAGUACUCGGACCAGCGCGUUUUCCGCGCCAUCAACCCCAACAACUGCGUCCUGUGGGACCAUCAGACCGGCUACGUUUUCUUCACGGGCAUCUGGCGGCUGUACCAGGACGUGAUGCACGCGCUGGUCUCGCUCGGCCGCCCGGACCCUCGUCCAGAAGUGGGGCAGGCUCCCCAGCCCAUCGAUCGCAAGGCGCACUGCCAGCUGGAGCUGGACUACGCGGUCUCCAAGUCGCUGUACGAGCGCGCCGUCGACGCAGACUCGCCCGAACACUUUUCCCGUCGCAACGUGCCGCCAAAGCGUGCAUACCGCCACUCGGUCUCAGCGCCAUCAACCUCUGCUGGGGGCGCUUCGAACGCCACUUCUGCCGGUAAUACCACAGCCUCGGCGUUGCAUUAUUCUGAUAUUCAUUGGUACGCCCUCGACAACGAAUUGAGGGAGUCGCUAUGCAGUAUUUACCGCUCAGCACAUCACGUGCAGGACGACUUUGAGUUCCAUGAUCUCUUGAAGCGCAUUCGCGGCGGCUAUAUCAAGAUUCAGGGUACCUGGCUUCCUUUUGAAGUCGCAAGGGCACUUUGUAUGCGCUUCUGCUACCCCAUCCGUUAUAUGCUGGUGCCCAUCUUCGGUCCGAGCUUCCCCAACGAAUGCGCCGACUGGUACGCCAGGCAUGUAGCGCUGUAUCCUCCCAAGGUGCGCAAUAGUGCUGCUACGCAACCCCAGCCCCGUCCAAUGGCCAGCGCAGUAUCGCCUCGGUCUUCAUCUAUGGCGAUACCUAGCCUCUCAAAGAAACCUCGCCGUGGCAGUACAACUACUUCUAGUCUUGCGACUUUCAAGCGAGCAAAAGUUGACGUGGAGCUGCUUGACGCCUCGCAAAACCUUUUGGAGCUCUCUCGAAAGCUGAAUUCGCGGGGCCAGCGCGUUGGCUUUUCACCUUUUCCACAGGUCCAGGUACCUCCGUUUAGAACUCGCGCUUCUUCUUGGGCCCCGGACACAUCAAACCAGAACUUAGCAUUUCGCGGACAAAUGCUCCCCCCUAUCAGUUCUCUUCUCGAAACGCUGGAACCUCCUGUAUACCGCCAUUUCCCGCCAGGGCAUGCGGUGUUGAGUUCAGACCCCCUUUUGUCUCCAAGAAGUGCAGAUACCCACUAUUCCAGCCCUCCUCUUUCUCCCGGUUUUAACCAAGGGUUCCAGAAAAACCAAGUCAUGGGUGCAGUACCAAAUCAAGAUCCACAUUUUGUGGCAGUUCCAUCUAAUUCUUACUUGGCGGAGCCACGACUCAGCUUCAGCCCAUCCACCAACACCCCUGCUCCCCCAAUACCUCUCAACGGUGUCGCACACUUUUACAACUCCAACGGUCACAAAUAUUCGUAUCCUGACGGCAUGCAGGUCAUGUUCCACCCUCAGAAUCCUCCACCGGCUACUCCCCAGCAGCCAACAAGACGUGCUCAUAUGAGCAACUAUCAAGUCGGCGUCUAG